AUAAGCGGAUCAUAGCUAGCUUUCACCUGGUCAGUCUGUCAUGGAAAGAAGAGCAGGUGUUCGUAAUGUUUUGUACACAGUGCAUAUGAUAUGUCAUAUGUGACUUUAUCCUUGAGAUGAAAGACGUGUUGUGUUAGUAACUAGGCUACUAUGUUAACUAAUGCUAAUUCACACCAGUUAGUGGAACAUGUCAAGUAAUAUGUCUAAUGUUAGCAAUGUGCUAGCUCGAAAUGUCCUUGAAGCUAGCAAGCUACGAUACCGUUGACAAUGAUUAGUUUGCCAUUACUACCGCUGUUUUAACAUUUCCUAGCUAGCUGGUACAGUCCCCUACCCUGUCUUGUCGACUACUACAGGUCCACGCGGUUGGUUGAUGAGCAGCACACGGAUAACAUUAACACUUUAAUUAAAUGUUAUAAUUUAGCUUAUGAAAUCUGCAGUUCGACGAAGCAAUACAACAUAAGGGCUUAAUGUUGUUGUUAUUACAAGGCUGGAUGAGCGGGGCGACCUUCCCCUCCUCCUCUUCGGAGGAGGCAGAGAUGAAUCGGAUUCACUAUGAGCUGGAGUACACCGAGGGCAUCAGCCAGCGCAUGCGCAUCCCCAACACACUGAAAGUGGCCCCCGAAAACCAACAUGGGCUGCUGUCUCAGCCCCUGGCCCCCCACAUGAUGCAUGUACCAGAGAGGAUCGUGAUAGCAGGGGACGAUGGGGACUCCCGUUACUCCCGGCCCAGAGACCUAGACCUGAUCCAGUCCACUCCUCCUGUGGAUUUACUGGACAUGAAGGCACCGCCACGCAUCCUCACCCUCAACGAACAUUCCCUGGACUCCCUGGAGACGGACCAGGCUCCCACACCACUGGCCCACGCCACUCAGGGGGUCCACUCUCAGUCGCGGCGGGAGCGCACUGUGAGCGAUACCACCAGCAUCCGCCAGAGAGGCCCGGCCAACAGAACUGACGUAAGUGUAACCCUGUCUCCCGUUGCCCCCUCUCUCCGUGCCUGUCCUCCACUGUGUACCCCUGAGGACGUGGUGAACCUACAGUACAGUGCUGGAGGGGUCCUAUCCUACAUCCAAUGCACCACGCGCCGGGCCUACCAGCAGGUCCUGGAGGUCCUGGAGGUCGACAACCACCGCAGGGCUGGUCACUUGACCCUCGACAUGGACAUGACCCCUGACGAUUCAGGCUUAGUGGACGCCUCGUCACUACGGCGACAGAUUGUGAAGCUGAACCGACGUCUACAACUACUGGAGGAGGAGAACAAGGAGCGCUCCAAGCGAGAGGUGAUCCUCUACUCCGCCACCGUGGCGUUCUGGCUCAUCAAUACCUGGAUCUGGUUUCGACGUUAGAACCGCACAGAACCCAAUGUCCAGGUCCUACCUUGUCGUUUAACUACAAAUAUCUCAAUUCUAGCUACAGAUUGUAACACCAGAUAAUGUGAUUUAACCAAAAAAAUAUGUUGGUAUCUAAUAUACUGGGAGUUACCGGUUAGGUACUGUUUGGUGUAGCACAGAACGUUUCCGACCAACCUUGGCAAUACUGUCUUCGUCCUCGAUUUGUGGAAACAGGAGUCUCAGAAAAUGUCCUUGUCCAGUUGCAGGGGGUCUGUUUGAAUUUAGACAAUUAUUUUUACGGUCCAUGAAGUAAUCCAACAAUGUGUACGCCGACAUCUUGUCUUUUCAAAGUCUUCCCUCAUUGAUCGAGACAGGUGUCUGUCAUCAUGACAUGAGGCCCUUUGGGGUCGACCCGCCUGUCUCAAUGAGAGAA